CUUCGCUAUCACAAUUAAACUCGUAAAUCGCAUCAAUGGAAAGACUACGUUUUGUUUUCACUCUAUGACUAUGAAUAUGAACUCUUAAGACAGUUUAACUUAAGUCUAUGAUACUUUAUACUUCUUUUAUUCAAGUAUUGUGAUAAAAUCCAGACUAAGAUUUUAGAUCAAGAUCUAAGAAGUGGUCCUAUAAAUCUAGAUCUGCAAUUCUUUCAAAAUGCUGCCCCUUUCAUUAUUGCGGACAGCUGUUAAUCAUCCCAUGUUGGUUGAAUUGAAAAAUGGGGAAACAUACAAUGGUCAUCUUGUGAGUUGUGACAACUGGAUGAAUAUUAAUCUUCGUGAAGUCAUUUGCACAUCAAGGGAUGGUGACAGGUUUUGGAGGAUGCCAGAAUGCUACAUCAGAGGAAGCACCAUAAAAUAUUUGCGGAUUCCUGAUGAGGUCAUUGAUAUGGUAAAGGAAGAGGUUGUUCAGAAGUCUAAAGGCAGGGGUGACUUUAAAGGAGGUCGAGGUGCUGGACAAAGAGGGAGAGGUAGAGGAGCUUUCCAACCAGGUGGCCGUGGAGGAGGUAGGGGUGGUGGUGGUGGUGGUGGAAGAGGUGGCGGCGGUGGCGGACCUGGAAACAAACCAGGAAAAGGACGAGGAAAUUAAUAAUUGUAAUAACUGUAUAUUAUUGUUUGAUAAUGUCUUUUGUUAUGAUUAUGAUUGUAUUUUUUUUUUUUUAUACAUUUAAUAAUUAGAAAUGUAAAAAAUAGCUGGGUUUUUUUGUUUUUUUUUUAAGAAAAAAAAUUGUACAAAUAAUUCCAUUUCUCCAUUUUUUUUAAAAUAUCAGAAUAAGUCAGAAUAAUGAGAUUUAAUUGACUUAAGCAUAAAAGGCUCACAAAAAAAUCACUUAAUUGAAAAAAAAAUAUUUCUAAAAACAUUUUUUAAACAACCAUAAUAGCAUAAGGGAUAAUUUUUAGUACUGUGAUGUUACUUGAAAAUAACUAUUCCUAAUUCUCUUUCAUGAAUUUUUAUUACAUUUGAACCUAGUUAAUUAUUUUUACCUUCAUCAAUUACUUGAAAGGGCUUGGAAAAUACUUUCUACUUCAUGUUUUUUUUUGUUUUUUUUUGCUGACGACAGUUUCAUUGUUUGAGCUAUUAGCAGAUUUGUACAACUUUUGUUUUUGUUCAAGAAAGAGAUAAAAGAAUAAAAUAUGUAGCAUGAAUGUAAGCCAAAUGUUGAAGUAACUAGACUUUCUAUGUAAAUACAUGUCACAUCUCAUCUUUGUAGCUUCAUUGAUAUCAUAAAAACUGUUAUGAAGUUGUAUUGAAUAUAUAGGUUAAAAAAAUAACACUUCAAUGAAGUUUAAUUUAGUUGCAAUAACAAUGUUUGCAGACCUGAAAGUUGUUGGAAUUUUAGAAUUCAUCCAUAUUUUUUUUUUAAUGCGACCUAUUUAGAACUAGGGCAGCUGCUAAUGUCGCAAUACAAAAAGGAAUGAAAAAAAAGUAUGCUCUGUCACACUCUUUGUAUACAUUUGGGAAUGCCUUGUACUAACUGUUCAGUAUACUUGAUUGCUAUCCAACCAUUUAUCUUUACUUCCUAACCUUAUGUUCUGAAGUACAUGACUAAAGGAUGUAUUUGAUCAUUUACAUUUCUUUGUAUUUGUUUUUGUCCUUUUUCAGCCAAACAUUAGGCUAUCAUUACUGAUUGAGUAUUCAUGUUUGACAAACAUUUCUGUAAUUAUUUGGAUGUUUGUUAUAUUGUAACUGUAUGAUUGUCAAACAUUGGAAUAUACAUUACAAUACUACUGUUGCUAUGAUA